AUGACGGGCUUAGUAUCUAUGACAGACAGUACAAGUGGACAGCUUAAUUUUCAAGAGAAACUGCAUGAUGAGGCAAGAAAAGAUGCUGCCGAAAAGGAUUUAAUAUCUGUUAAUGGCUGUCUUCAGCAAGUUUCAUCUUCAAUAACGUCCUGUAACGGAGAAAAAAUCGUAAAAACUAGAGGUGUCACCAGGAUUGAGGUUGUUCGAGAAAAAAUGAGUACAAAGGUCAUAUGGAUUCUUGGCCUUUCAAUCUUUUUAACUUCAUGGGUUGCCGCUUUAGAUGCCACAACUACGUAUAAUUAUCAACCUUAUGCGACUUCCUCGUUCAAUAGGCACUCUAUGUUGUCUACACUAACAAUUGCCAAUUCCGUCAUCGGCGCUGUUUGCAAACCUUUUAUUGCCAAAAUCUCAGAUUUGAGUUCCAGGCCUGUUACCUAUUUUGUGGUUUUGUUACUUUAUGUCAUAGGGUUUGUCAUCACUGCUUGUUCGCCAAAUAUUUCGGCAUAUGUGAUAGGUUCUGUUUUUAUUGCAGUUGGUCAGUCAGGAAUCAGUUUAAUGAAUAUGGUUAUUAUUGCUGACACAACCACAUUGAAAUGGAGAUCUUUUUUCACUUCUCUUUUAUCUGUUCCUUACCUAGUCACCACUUGGAUCUCUGGUUACAUUGUCGAAGAUAUAAUCAACAGUAACUGGAGGUGGGGGUAUGGUAUGUUUGCUAUUAUUACUCCAGUCGCAUUAACCCCAGCUAUCCUUGUUAUGGCAUACUUAGAGCACAGUGCCAACAAGGCAGGAGAAAUUCCCAUUGGUUUUGACCCACUUGCCAAAAAGAAAGUAGAAGUUACAGAAGCUCGUAUUCGUGGAUUUAAGGUAUAUUGGGAGCUUCUCAAGGUGUCAUUAAUAGAGAUCGAUGCGUUUGGUUUAAUUUUACUUGGUUUUGCUUUCUCUUUGAUCCUGCUUCCAUGUUCUUUAUACUCAUAUGCUGAAGGCGGCUGGAAUAAUCCUAGUAUGAUUGCCAUGGAAGUGGUUGGUGGCAUCCUCCUUAUUUCGUAUGUUGUCUUCGAAGUUUUUUUUGCGCCAUUCCCCUUACUUCCUAAGAGGGUAUUAAUGAAUAGAACGUUUAUUUGUUGUGUCAUCAUUGAUUUCAUUUACCAAAUGGCUGGCUAUUUCUCUCUUUUAUUCUUUACCUCUUAUACCUUUGUCGUUUUAAAUUUGUCUUAUAGAGACUGGGUCUAUCUUUCAAAUACCACAACUAUGGGAUUAUGUUUCUUUGGGGUUGUUUGGGGUGCUCUGUUCAGAGGUUUUCACCGUUAUAAGAUAUUCCAAGUCGUUGGCAUUGCAAUUAAAUUAAUCGGCAUGGGUCUUUACGUGGCAUGCUCUAAAAAAGACGGUAGUCCUGGUAUUGGCCUUGUCGUAGCUGCCUUGGUUGUUACUAACUUUGGUGAUGCUGCUAAUGUUAUGGGCACUCAGGUUGCGGCUCAGGCUGCUGUUCCUCAUCAAGAUAUGGCUGCAACCAUCUCUGUUUUGUCUCUUUACAGUUCUAUUGGUGCAGCCGUUGGUACAGCCAUCACUUCUGCUGUUUGGACCGAUCAGUUACCUGGUGCCUUGUUUAAAUAUGUCCCAGAUAAGGAAAAGGCAGUUGCAUUUUUUGAAUCUCUUACUUCUAUCUGGGAAGAACCGUGGGGAUCGAUAAACAGAGAAGGUGCCAUUAGUGCGUAUCAAGAAGUUAAUUAUACCCUCUUCUGUAUGGGUCUUGGUGUCAGUUCCAUCAUGUUUGUUGUUGCACUGUUCCAAACCAAUUACUAUUUGGGUGAUCAACAAAACUGUGUGGAAGGUGAACAGAUAGAAGACUACCAUCACAAUGCCAAUGGGUCUAAAAAGACUUUACUAAAUAGGGCUUUUGAUUUCUGGAAAUAA